AUGACAAAAUUUAGUCUGUUGAAACUUUUAGUGGUUCUAUGCGUUUUAAAACUUUCAUUGGCAAACACCCUUUUUAACGAGAAGCUUGAAGCAUUGCGACCGCGUGGACUAAAAGUUACUUUCCCAGACAAAGGCUAUACAUCAGUAACUUUUCAUGGCGCAAUGAAUCGCACUGAUGGAAGUAAAGAAUGGCAAAUAUAUGUACCUAAACCUCGAGAGGGUUUGUGGAUAAUGCAGGAUAGAAACUUAAUGUUAGAAAAAGGAGAUCAAAUUAAUUACGAUAUCACUGUUAAUAAAAAUAGUGUAACUUUUCCAAUACAUGGAACUUGGGUUGUAACUGAAUUCUCUGAAGAUAAUUAUGACUUUGAGCCAUAUUGUGCUCUUUCCGAAACAGUACUACAAUGCGGGAAAAAAGGAUGCAAAGGAAGACUUAUUUUCAGUGAAGAUUUUACUACAGGAAUUGAAAAUCUAACACAAUGGCAAUUUGAGAAUAUGUAUCCCCAAGAACCGGAUUACAAAUUUAACGUUUAUUUAACUAUGGCAGUUACUAGUAUCGAUGAUGGAAUACUGAAAAUUAAACCAGAGCCUACAAAACAAUCUAUAAUCGAAAACUAUAUCGAUGAUUCUACAAACUUGAAUAUUAUUACCAGGUGCACGGGUCAAAUAGCAACGAAUGAAUGCUAUAAAGUCGUUUCUGGACCACAUAUUAUGCCUCCAGUAAUAAGCGGCAAGAUCACUACACGCAAAAGUUUCAACUUUAAAUAUGGGAAAAUCGAAGUACGAGCCAAAUUACCAGUUGGCGACUGGUUAAUACCAGAGAUUAACUUAGAACCUUGUGAUCAUGUAUAUGGAAAACUCCACUACGGAUCUGGCUUAAUACGAAUUGCGUUUGCAAGAGGGAAUUCGAAUUUAUCUAAUGAGUUAUUUGGAGGAGCAAUUAUAUAUGACAAAGAGCCUAUCAGAUCACGCUUUUUAAAAAAAAGAAUUCAUGAAAGUACAAUUUGGGGAGACGAUUAUCACAAUUAUACUGUUGUAUGGGGGCCAACAAGCAUUGAAAUGUUUGUGGAUGGCGAAAGUUAUGGGUAUCUAAAUUCUACUAAACUCGAGUCAGAUCUCGCUGAUAUAAAUAUGAUUGACUCUAAUUUGGAGAUGCAAAAGUCGGUGUGGAAUAGAGGCAAUAUUUUGGCACCACUAGAUGAAAUGUUCUACAUCUCCCUUGGAGUAACUGUUGGUGGAAUCCAUAACUUUCCUGUAAGUGACGCUAAGCCGUGGAGAGACAGCAGUCCUAAAGCCAUGCUGAAGUUCAAGAAGAAUAAAAAAACUUGGUACCCAACAUGGACAUCAAGUGAAAUGCUCGUGGAAUAUGUUAAAGUAUACGCGUUA